AUGCCGAGUCCGACGAAGAAGCGGAAGCUCAACAAGGAUGCAAGUGGCCCAACAUCGCGUGGUCUUGAGUAUUUCUUCUCGAAACAGAAGCAAGGCGACUCAUCGGCUGCUUCUACACCGCCACAACUAAAGCAGGAUGUUGGCGAGGCUCCCAAAAGUGAACAGGAACUCACCGAUGAGGAGCUAGCCCGGAAGCUCCAAGCUGAAUGGGAUAGCGAGGUUCAAAAUACAGAAACUCUUUCGGCAGAGUCUCAGCUAUCUCUGCGUUGUAGCGCAAGCCCAGCUCUCGAUCCAAGUUCUACCGUUUCAGCUCAAGUCGCGAAAUCAGCCGCCACGCCCGUGGAAGAAAACACGCUUGCAAGUACAGGACCGAAGACUCUGUCCCUCUCGUCUGCAGCCGCAGCUGGAGACUCACUUUCUUCAACCAUACCUCUGGAUCAGAGCCCUCUGGUUUUUGACCCUUCAGAGUAUGCAUCGCACCUAAAAGAUCACUGGGCUUCCGAAGGUGGCGAUGCUUCAUAUGCCCUGCUCACCAGGUGUUUCGUAUUGGUCAACAGCACGCAAUCAAGGAUCAAGAUAGUGGACACUCUUGUGAAUUUCAUCAGACUUAUCACACAGACGGAUCCCGAAAGUCUCCUCCCCGCUGUUUGGCUAGCGACAAACGCGAUUUCGCCGCCCUACAUUUCCUUGGAACUGGGUCUUGGUGGGUCAGCCAUAUCCAAAGCUCUAAAGCAAGUUUGCGGGCUCAAUGGACCCUCGCUAAAGAAUCUCUACGACAAGUACGGCGAUGCGGGAGAUGUGGCCUUCGAAGCCAAGAAGAAACAGAGCUUCACGCUUCGGAAGCCGAAGCCGCUGACCAUCAAGGCUGUCUACCAAUCUCUGGUUAAGAUUGCCAACACCCAAGGUCAGGGCAGUGGUGAAGUGAAACAGAGAAUCGUAGAUCGUCUGCUUCAAGAUGCAAGAGGUGGCGAAGAAAGCAGGUACAUUGUUCGUACACUUUGCCAACAUCUUCGUAUCGGCGCUGUCAAAACCACGAUGCUAAUCGCGCUUGCCCGGGCGUUUUCUAUCACUUCCCCGUCUGGUGCAGAUUUUGCUGUCCGCGACAGGGGCAGCCUCGCCAAGUUGAAAAAGGAGGAGCUUGCAGAGGUUUGGGCAAAAGCGGAGGAGAUUGUAAAAGCCUGCUUCGCGAAAAGGCCAAAUUACAACGACCUCGUACCCAUUCUUCUCGAGAUUGGUGUUUGUGAUGAGCUUCUCCUCCGCUGUGGGCUCACCCUGCAUAUUCCCCUGCGACCCAUGCUUGGUAGCAUAACGCGAGAUCUUACGGAGAUGCUUACCAAGCUCCAAGGCCGGGAUUUUGCCUGCGAGUACAAGUAUGAUGGUCAGCGUGCCCAGAUUCACUGCGACGUCAAGGGAAAAGUAAGCAUCUUCUCGAGGCAUCUUGAACUGAUGACGGACAAGUACCCCGACUUGGUAGCCCUCAUGCCGCAGAUUCGGGGUGAAGGUGUCGACAGCUUUGUGAUGGAGGGAGAGGUCGUGGCAAUCGACCGGCAGACGGGAGAUGUAAAAAACUUCCAAGCUCUGACCAACCGCGCCAGAAAAGAUGUCGCAAUCGGGAGUAUUCAAGUCGAUGUCUGCAUGUACUCCUUCGACCUGAUGUACCUCAAUGGGGAGCCACUACUUGACAGACCUUUCCGCGAAAGGAGAGAGCUCCUUCGGUCGAUGUUUAUCGAAGUCCCCCACCAGUUUACAUGGGUCAAGAGCCUAGACGCUACUUCGCAGGAUUCCGAUGCAGUGCUCGACUUCUUCAAAUCUGCUACCGACGUCAAGUGCGAGGGUAUCAUGGUUAAGAUCCUGGACAAUUUGACCGAGAUACCUUACCAAGGGGGCGAGGUUGACGCCCCUGUGGAUGAGAUGGAGGAACCACAGACACCUUCAAAACGUAAGGUUACGGGGAAGACCGCUGAGAAUGGCGCGAAAAAGAAAACGCGACGUAAACCGCUGCUGGCAACCUAUGAGCCCGACAAGCGACUCGACUCAUGGCUUAAGGUCAAGAAAGAUUACAACGCAAGUUUCGACACCAUUGACAUGGUCCCUGUGGCUGGUUGGCAUGGCCAAGGGCGCAAGGCCAAAUGGUGGUCGCCGAUUCUGCUUGCUGUCCGCAAUGAAGACAGUGGCUCGUUUGAGGUUGUGUGCAAAUGCAUAUCAGGCUUUACCGAUACCUUUUACAAAGCUAAUAGGGAGUUUUAUGACGACGGUAGCGGAGGAAGCGGCGUUAUACAAAAUAUUCGUUCCUCAAAGCCUGCCUUUAUUGAGUACUCCGGACCGGAACCGGAUGUCUGGUUUGAGCCGCAGGAGGUUUGGGAAAUGGCGUUCGCGGAUGUCACGCUCAGCCCGACAUACACAGCAGCAAUAGGCUUGGUGAGCGAGGAGCGAGGCUUGAGCUUGCGAUUUCCGAGGUUCUUGAAGAAACGUGAUGACAAAGGCUUGGAUGAGGCGAGUACGAAUGAGUUCUUGGCCUCACUCUUCAGGAAACAAGAAUUGAAGACGAUACCUGCGGCAGUAGAUGCGGCAGAGGAUGAAUGA